AUGGAAUGGGAACUGCCUUUUGGCAAUCCAGUGGCUGGGAUCAAGUUAAGGUCGCCAAAUAAGAUCCAGAGAGUAAAACCAUAUGUUUGGGCUGGGUUAGAAAUAAGAGAACAAGGAUCUGGGGAUGGGACUGAAUCUGCUGAUGUUGGGCAUCUUAAAGGGAUUGCUACUGAACAAUUUGUCCUUUUAAUUUAUCUGUUUCCUACCCUGUUGAGUGGCCGUCUUCCAAGGCCCCAAAGGGUUGAUUCCUUUGACUAUGGUUGGGGGAAAAGGAUUCUUGCAGUGGUCUUCAUUGUGUCCCAUAAUUCUACAAAUAAAGCAAAACAUGGAUAG